AGUGCUCAUAUAAAAGGGAUGCUAAGGAGGUUCACAAUCAGCCCACAGGUUACUCUCAAGUCCAGUUAGUCCCAGUGAGCAGCUUGUCUCAAACCAUAACAUCUGAGUAGUACGGGGCGCUGCUUCUCAGCGUACUGCCAUGGCUCUUAGACUCCUAUUGUGGGUUUCCUGGAUUUGUUUUUUGCUGUUUAAUGGUGGUGUAGGCUCACCAGCUAUAAGAGGGUAUGGCUAUCCAUCUGUGGUUGACACAACCAACAUGGGAGAUGAUGCUGAUGAUGAUGCGUUGGCUUACGAUGAGGGCAACUUAGAGGCUCCAAACUACCAGCCGACGGGCCCCGCAUACACAGACGGCAAACCUACAGUUGCACGACAGCCAGCUUGGGCCCUGUCUGAAAAACCUAGCGCUCCUCAGGCUGAGAGAAUUGUUAAUGGUUCUCCGAGAGACUGGGGGCUGGAGAACCCUGACGAGUCGCUUGUGUUCCCUAUCCUGAGUAGUCCUGCUAGGCCUCAACCGGGCCCUGUCAAACCUCAAACACCAGCUGGUGUCAGUAUGCCCGCCACUCAAAGCGCCGCUGACUCCCUUUAUGCUGGUCCAACUGCCUACUACGCUCCGGCCUCAACUUCUCGGGCUACGACGUCUCUUAGCUUUGCACCAGUUGACGCUGGUUACGGUGCGGCCGGUGCCAACAUUCACCGUCUCACCUAUGAAGAGGUCUUCCAAUAUCCCUCUGCGACUGAGCGCCGGGGUUCUGGCACCGUCUCCAAUCCUGCAGGAGGUUAUGACAAAGCUAAAUCCAUGAGCAAGGGGUCUUCAACUGGAUUCCCCUCCACACUGAAUUACCCCUCGUCCUCCAGCUACCCAGCUGACACACGAGCCGAGCCCUUCUAUCCAAGUCUGGGAAGCUUCACCAACUCUGGUCAAACUGCCUACCAGCCACUAAAUGAGGUCUUUAAGCGUCCACAGAAACUGGCCAAGACCCAAAAAGUUCAGGCUCCCCAGAGAUUGCGUAGACCCAUCCUUCCUUUUCCACCUCCAAGCUACAUUAUCCAGUCCAGAAAUGCCUACCGGCGAGCCAAGUAUCAUCUCAGCCAUACCAAGUACACGCCAGAAUAUCCCCAACCAAUGGCUGUAAGCUCAAAGGGUGCUAAGGGUCAACCAGCCGCACCUAAAGUUGCCAAGAACCCUCACAGAAAGUGGUAACUGUGGCUAUCCUGUGCAAGUUGCAGAGUGCUGUGCCCUCCAAAGGAAAGAAAAUAAAACUUUUUAAAGAUUCCA